GCUGAUGAGGGUGGAGACGCAGGAGGAGAACAAUCAGAAAACAUCACUGACAAGGCCAGCAGCUACAUACGGUAGAUAUGGCGGCAAACUCCUCUACCACUGUCAACUCCAGCAAUCAUUUACCGUACGAUUGUUACAACUCCAGAGUUAGCAUUUACAUCAGCACUGCCAGUAUUGCCUUAAGAACCAUCCUCACCUUCCCUCUCGGCUCUCUCGUCCUGUACCUGGGUCACCAACGAUGGCGGCAGCAGUGCUCCUUUAAGACAACGAGCCACUCUGACGUCUUCACCUACAACAUGGCUGUCUUAAAUCUGAUCUGGGGCCUGGCGUGCAUCUGCAUUAUCUGUGGCGUGUAUGUUAACCUGCAGAAGAUGAUAGACGCAGGAAUCUACACUUCUUCUUUUGUUGUAUGUGGAGAGGCCUUCUUCCACGUCCUGACCUGUGUGGAGCGAUACCUGGCUGUCGUUCACCCCAUCACCUACAUGGGAUUAAGAAAUGAACAUGGUGUCAGGAUCAGAAACAUCAGCAUUGGAUGUGUUUGGCUGAUGAGCUUUGUGAUGACGGGUGUAACUGCUCUGUAUCUGCCUGAUACAGCCCUCAUCCCACUGAUUAUCCUGUUGGUCUUCUCCUUAGCAGUCGUGUCUUUCUGCAGCCUUUCUGUUCUCUGUGUUCUGAUUCGUCCAGGCCCAGGGGAAGGAGGCGGAGAAAAGCAGCGGGUUGACCAGUCAAAGCAGAGGGCUUUUCACACUGUCACAGCCAUACUGGGAGUGCUGGGGUUGUGGUUUGUGGGGCUGCUUGCUUCCAGUGGCCUGUACAACUCUCACCUGCUGAGCACCAGUGUCCGCUGUGUGUUAGCGGCAUGUUCAGGCUGGUUUAAUCUGCCCUGCAGUCUGAUGUUGCCUCUGCUGUAUCUUCACAGGGCAGGAAAACUAUCAUUGUUCUGUAAUCACAAGUAA